UCUAUUUAUUUUGUAUUAUUUUUAUUUUUUAAAUAAUAAUUUAUUAUUUUUUUAAUAUUUAUACUUUUAAACUUUUUUCAAUUCUAUCCACACAAUUUAUUUUAUUUUUAAUUUUUUUUACAAGCAAAUUGAGAAUUGAGUCAACCGACGAGAAUCAAAUCCAAACCUAGUCUGAAAAAUAAAACAGCUCGUUUUCAUGAGACCGUUUUAUGGUGAGACGACUUCAAAACAAUAAGGCUAUAAGCUAAAAGUUUCCAUUAUUAUACUAUUUAACUCAAGUAUAAAACAUGUCUCACGGUAAACAACAAUAUUUAUGGCCAUUGAGACCCGACUCUGCACGGGUCAGAUUAUUUUAUUCGGGGGAUUUUCUCGUUUGUUAAGAAAUUUCCAAUGUCAGAUUGUAGCACCUAUACGGCUAUACGUAAUUUUCAUAUCCUGAAAGGUUCCAGAAAUCAGAAUGGCAGUCUUGAAGCCUGACUCCUGAAUAUCUUGUUAAAAAAUCAAAACAUAUAUGAAAAAAUAGUGUCUUUAUGCCAUUAAUUUACCAAAAUUUUCUUUUUAAUCUGGCAAUAAAUUUACCCAAUCUCUGUUUUUAACCAUUAUUCUCUCAUUUAACAUGUUUUCACAUCGUAAAAUUUACGGAAUAUUUGAAUAGCGUGAGAAAACAAGACUUCUAAUUGGAUGUCAUAAAAUUUGGGUUAUUCUUUCUGGCGUUCUCAGACCAUAGUUGGUUUGCAGUUCCAUUCACUGCACAUGAAACUCGUGCACAUUUUUAUGUGGUGGGAUAAAUUCUUUAACUUUUAUACAUACAAAAUCCAUUCAAUUGACCAUUUCAUCUUUGUUUUUCAGCUAUAAUCAAAUGCCCAUCUUUCACUCAUUAUAGGGUAUUAGCAAGAUUAAGUCUUGAUUAAGGAAUCUGGGAAAACUUACUCUUUCUGAUAGGAAUACACUGUACAGUGUACAGUAUAGAUUAUGGGUUUUGUUCAUAUUUACUGAUAGUAUUUUUUUUUUUGAUUCGGGUGAGGAUAAUCUCUUACAGGCAAUCGAAAGGGGUGAACCCAUGAUUGUGUUCUGUUAGUGAUUAAAAUGGGUAGGGUUCAGAAAAAACAGAAACAUUUUGGUAAAAUUGAUCCCUUAUCAUUGGAGAAAUUGUUGUCCAAGAGUCCAAGUGAUAGGUCUUUAAUUGGGAAACCUGGGUUUUCAAGGAUAGUUUAUUGUAAUCAUUCAGGAUGUUCAGAGGCUCAACAACUUGGGUAUUGUGACAAUUAUGUUACAACUACAAAGUAUACUCUUGUUUCUUUCUUACCCAAGUCCUUGUUUGAACAGUUUAGGAGGAUUGCAAAUUUGUAUUUUCUUUUGUGUGCAUUCCUGUCUUUCACUCCUCUUUCUCCCAAUUCACCAGUCAGUAGUGUUCUUCCUCUUGUCGUCGUCGUAGCUGUGACAAUGGUGAAGGAAUUGAUUGAAGAUUGGAAGCGCAGGAAGCAGGAUAUGGAAGUGAAUAAUAGAAAAACUAAGGUUCAUUGUGGCAAUGGCGAUUUUGUAGACGCAAAAUGGAAGGGCUUGAGAGUGGGAGAUAUAGUGAAGGUGGAGAAAGAUGAAUAUUUCCCUGCUGAUCUUAUCCUACUUUCAUCAAGCUAUGAUGAGGCAAUAUGCUAUGUUGAGACGACAAACCUUGACGGAGAAACUAAUCUAAAACUAAAACAAGCACUGGAAGUAACUCUAGACUUAAACGACGAUUCCAUGUUUGGGGAUUUCAGAGCUAUCAUUAAAUGUGAAGACCCAAAUGCUAAUUUGUAUUCUUUUAUCGGGAAUUUGGACUAUAGAGGUAAGCAACACCCACUUUCGUCUCAACAGCUACUCUUAAGGGAAUCGAAAUUGAGGAAUACAGAUUUCAUUUUUGGCGUUUCAAUCUUCACGGGUCAUGACACCAAAGCCAUUCAAAAUUCAGUGGCGGCCCCUUCAAAACGAAGCACAAUGGAGAGGAAAACAGAUACUAUAGUUUUCUUCUUGUUUUUCGUCUUAUUUUUUCUUUCUAUAAUUGGAUCAAUUUACUUUGGUAUAGUCACAAAUAAGGAUAUCAUUGAUGAUGGUACAAUGACAAGAUGGUACUUAAGACCUGAUGAUACCACAAUCUACACUGAUCCUAGAAAUGCUUCAUUUGCGGCGACACUGCAUUUUUUAAGAGCGGUUAUGCUGUAUGGUUACCUCAUCCCCAUCUCAUUGUAUGUGUCGAUUGAGCUAGUUAAAGUUCUGCAGACUGAGUUUAUAAACAAAGAUGUGCAUAUGUAUUAUGAAGAUGGCGAUAAGCCGGCUCAGGCACGCACUUCUAACUUGAAUGAGGAAUUGGGUCAAGUUGAUGUGAUACUUUCCGAUAAAACUGGGACUUUGACAUGCAAUUCAAUGGAGUUUGUCAAGUGUUCUAUUGCAGGGAUUGCAUAUGGUCAGGUGGUUACUACAGUUGAACAGGUUAUUGCUAAGAGAAAGGCGUUGCCUUUAGUGGGUGAAAUAAUUGAAGUAGAACAGCCGACUGUUAGAGGCUAUAAUUUUGUAGAUGAUAGAAUAACAAAUGGAAAUUGGGUGAACGAACAAAGGUCAGAUGUUAUACAGAAGUUCUUUCGGGUUAUGGCUAUCUGCCAUACUGUUAUACCUGUAAUGGAUGAACAAACUGGUAGUAUUUCGUAUGAAGCAGAAUCUCCGGAUGAGGCUGCACUUGUUAUUGCAGCAAGAGAACUUGGGUUUGAGUUUUGUGAGAGGACACACUCAAGUAUCUCUAUAAGAGAGUUGAAUCCAUUCUCCGGUGCAAAGGUUGAAAGGACUUUUGAGUUACUGAAUAUCAUAGAGUUCAGCAGUUCAAGAAAGAGAAUGUCUGUGAUUGUGAAAAACGAGGAAGGAAAACUUUUACUACUUUGUAAAGGUGCUGACAGUGUCAUGUUCGAGAGGCUUGCAUAUAACGGAAGAGAGUUUGAAAGGCAGACUAGAGACCAUGUUAUAGGGUAUGCUGAAGUUGGUUUAAGAACUCUAGUACUUGCAUAUCGUGAAGUCGAUGAAGAUGAAUAUGUUGCAUUCAGCAACGCAUUUAUGGAGGCUAAAAGCUCAGUCAGUGCUGAACGUGAGAAACUGGUCGAAGAAGUAGCUGAAAACUUUGAGAAGAAUCUGAUACUUCUUGGAGCAACAGCUGUAGAAGACAAGCUCCAAAAAGGGGUUCCCGAGUGCAUCGAAAAACUUGCACAAGCUGGGAUUAAAUUAUGGGUAUUGACCGGGGAUAAAAUGGAAACUGCCAUUAACGUUGGUUAUGCCUGCAGUUUACUGAGAGAAGGGAUGAGAAAGAUAGUAAUCAACAUCGAGUCAAAUCAAGCAAAAGCAUCCGAGAAGGUGUCUAAUAAGUCUGCCGUAUACAAGGUCAUGAAAACAAUGGUUCUUCAAGACAUAAAAGAAGCAAAGGAAUUGUUGUAUUUAUCACAAGGAAGUUCAGAGGCAACGGCGCUUAUUAUCGAUGGAAGGUCACUCAGUUAUGCGUUGGAGGAUGACGUCAAACAAUUGUUUCUAGAACUUGCUAUGGGUUGUGCAUCAGUCAUCUGCUGCCGUUCAUCACCUAAACAGAAAGCGUUAGUGAGUUCUAUAGUACUGCCUUUAUCAGUCUUUUCCAUCAACCACGUCUUUUAUUUGAGGCAAUACUUGAAGUGCGGGGCUCCUUUUGAUCGCGACCUCCUCGUAAUGACGGUCACGAGACUUGUCAAAACAAGAAGAGGUACAACGACACUGGCAAUUGGUGAUGGUGGAAAUGAUGUCGGCAUGCUUCAAGAAGCACAUAUUGGAAUCGGUAUUAGUGGCUUCGAGGGAAUGCAGGCGGUUAUGGCAAGUGACAUCGCAAUCGCUCAGUUUCGCUUUUUGGAACGUCUACUGCUUGUUCAUGGGCAUUGGUUUUGCAAAAGGAUCUCAACCAUGAUUUGUUAUUUCUUCUACAAGAACAUGUUGUUUGGCUUCACUCUCUUCUUCUAUGAGGCGUACACAUCAUUCUCGGGUGAACCUGCGUAUAACGAAUGGUAUUUGACCCUUUAUAAUAUCAUGUUUACAUCUUUCCCGGUAAUUGCUCUAGGCGUUCUUGACCAGGAUGUUUCUGCACAAUCAUGUCUCAAGUUUCCUCAAUUGUAUCAAGAAGGUGCACAAAACAUCCUGUUCGGCUGGCAAAGAAUACUUGGCUGGUUACUAAAUGGGAUUCUCGGUGCAACUACAAUCUUCCAUCUCUGUAUUUUCACAUUGGCAAAUCAGGCUUUCCGUAAAGAUGGUGAAGUGGCUGGAUAUGAGGUUCUUGGAGCCACCAUUUACACUUGCGUAAUAUGGGUGGUGAACGCUCAGAUGGCCCUUUCCGUCAAAUAUUUCACUCUCAUCCAUCACGUCUUGAUCUGGGGUAGCAUUUUAUCUUGGUACAUAUUUCUCUUGGCAUACGGAGCCAUUGAUCCUUAUAUAUCGACAACUGCGUAUAAAGUCUUUAUCGAAGCUUGUGCACCUUCGCCUUCCUUUUGGGUUGUGACACUUCUUGUUUCGGUGUUUGCAUUGGUUCCGUACUUCAUAUAUGCUGCUUUAAAUAUGGAAUUUUUCCCAUUGUAUCAUCAAAGGCUAACGACUAAGGUUAUAUGCACAUAGGAUGAUAGGCAGGACCGACCAAGUUUAUUGUGUCAUAUAUGGUUGUGCAAUGCAUAUCCAAUUGUCUUUGGUCAUUUUACCAAACGUUUCCGCGGCUAUAAGCCAAAAGAAAUUAACUGAUUUAGUGUUUACCAAUUCGGAGUGUCAAAGAUCCAACACAGAUAUAUGACAUGCUUAGAAGAGUUCAAGUAACGAACAUCGAUACAUAAAGCAGUCGGAACCAUAAUACAUAAAGCAGUUAGAACCAUAUUUCAGCUAGUCGUUUCAUGAAGCAACGAGAAGCAAAGAAAACAAAAGCGAAAGAAAAGGGGGAACUUUGCCCUGUUCGUGAUGCAGGAUUCCGGUUUUUUUGUGUCGUGGGCGUUCGAGCAGAAGCAACAAGUCAUGGUUUCUAAUUGCUGUUGUGUUAUAGGAGUAAUAGUAUAUGUGUAUUAUUUGACUUGCUUCAUGUGGUGUAUAUUAAUGUCAUCCUUUCAUACAAGUCCAUCUCAGUUUUCUUGUUGAUCCUAGAA